CAAUGGGCUCCGCUUCCGCUUCUGCGUCCUCGUCGGAGGCGGAGGAGGAGCCCGGCCGCGCUCCGCCACCGCGCAUGACCACGGUCUCGCACCACUACUUCGGCGGCUCCUCGUCCGAGCGCGACCACGACCUCCGCGUCGACAUCGUCGAGAAUAUAGAAGAGGAUUACGGGAUGUUCGUCUGGCCAUGCAGCGUCAUCCUCGCGGAAUACGUGUGGCAGCAGAGGCCACGGUUCUCCCGCUCCAGAGUUGUCGAGCUUGGUGCGGGAACCUCGCUACCGGGUUUAGUAGCUGCAAAGGUUGGAGCACAUGUUACGCUGACAGACAUUGCGCAUAAUACAGAAGUACUGGACAAUAUACAGCAAAUAUGCAGUCUCAAUAACGCGAACUGUACGGUAUUAGGACUUACUUGGGGAGAUUGGGAUGAACCUGUUUUUGAUUUGCACCCUGAUAUUAUUCUCGGAGCCGAUGUGCUUUAUGAUUCAGCAAAGUUUGAUGAUCUCUUCGCGACGGUUACCUUCCUCCUGGAAAAUUCUCCUGGGGCAGUGUUCAUCACCACAUACCACAAUCGCAGUGGUCACCACUUGAUUGAAUUUUUGAUGGUGAAGUGGGGUUUGAAAUGUUUGAAGCUUCUGGACGGCUUCUCUUUCCUUCCUUCUUGCAAGGCUGAUUCACUACAGGGAAAUAUUCAGCUUGUUGAGAUCACACUUGAGAAGGGAAAACCUAAAUGAUCUUCGGCCUUUACAGGAGUUGGCUGACAGCACAGCCAACAGGACAUGACAAUGGAACGUUUGGGACUUCACUGCAUAUGACUGUACAUUAGGUAACUCCAGAAGCUCAUGAGAUCAUCCACAAGAACUUCCAUCUGAAAGUAUUUAUUUAUUUGAAGGGAAACAUUCUUGUUUGUUCGGAUUUCGUCAUUAAUGGAACCAAGCAAUAGCUUUGGCAAGCAAAAACACAAUCUUUGUGUCGGUCCAACUGAUCAUAAUCACAGAUGUGCAUUGCAUGUA